AUGGCUUCCCCGCGUUCCAUCGCCCCUUCAGCGUACCGAAGAGAUGCCCUCGCAGACGCCAUCAAGAAUAAGCAAACGAGGCCUUCUUCCAUCGGCCCUUGUGCCGUACGCUCUUCGGCGCAGUCUGGUGAGCGACGCAGGUCAGCAGCAAAAGCAUUCCUUCAGAGCAUGAUCGACUCGUGCACUGUCAAGGACAGUCGGGUGGUUGACUUCGACGACAUUGGACCGCCAGCUCAAAGCUGUGGCUCGUCAGACUGGGGUGGCUCUCGCUGCGGCACCUCUUCCCCGAAGCCCUCCUACCCGAUGACAGAGAGCAUGAAGGUUGGCUUCUUCCUGGGCAAUGAGGCAUUCCCCACGAAGGUCUAUAACAGGAGGUCCAUCUGCCGUAGUGCAUUCUGGGGCAAAAGUGGGCUGAAGGAUGCUUGCUUUUCCCGGUGA